AUGGAACCUGGGCUUACGAGCGCACCCGCGGGGAGCAUGGACGCGUCUGCCGAGCAAAGCCUCCCGGAGCCUGGCAGCCAGGACUCGGUGGCAGGCGACGACAUUGAGAUCGUGGUGAAUGUGGGGGGCGUGCGGCAGGUGCUCUACGGAGACCUGCUCAGCCAGUACCCCGAGACCCGGCUGGCAGAGCUCAUCGACUGCUUGGCCGGUGGCUAUGACACCAUCUUCUCCCUGUGCGACGAUUACGACCCAGGCAAGCGCGAAUUCUACUUUGACCGGGACCCGGACGCGUUCAAGUGUGUUAUUGAGGUGUACUAUUUCGGGGAGGUCCACAUGAAAAAGGGCAUCUGUCCCAUCUGCUUCAAGAACGAGAUGGACUUCUGGAAGGUGGACCUCAAAUUCCUGGACGAUUGUUGCAAGAGCCACCUGAGCGAGAAGCGCGAGGAGCUGGAGGAGAUCGCUCGCAGGGUGCAGCUCAUCCUGGACGAUCUGGGUGUGGAUGCGGCCGAGGGUCGCUGGCGCCGCUGCCAAAAGUGCGUCUGGAAGUUCCUGGAGAAGCCCGAGUCGUCGUGCCCGGCGCGGGUGGUGGCGGUUCUAUCCUUCCUGCUCAUCCUUGUCUCCUCCGUGGUCAUGUGCAUGGGCACCAUACCCGAGCUGCAGGUGGUGGACGCCGAGGGCAACCGCGUGGAGCACCCGACGCUGGAGAACGUGGAGACGGCUUGCAUCGGCUGGUUCACGCUGGAGUACCUGCUGCGCCUCUUCUCGUCGCCCAACAAGCUGCACUUUGCUCUGUCUUUCAUGAACAUCGUGGACGUGCUGGCCAUCCUCCCGUUCUAUGUGAGCCUCACACUCACGCACCUGGGCGCACGAAUGAUGGAACUGACCAACGUGCAGCAGGCUGUGCAGGCCCUGCGGAUCAUGCGCAUCGCGCGCAUCUUCAAGCUGGCCCGCCACUCCUCAGGCCUGCAGACCCUCACCUACGCCCUCAAGCGCAGUUUCAAGGAACUGGGGCUGUUGCUUAUGUACCUGGCCGUGGGCAUCUUCGUCUUUUCUGCCCUAGGCUACACCAUGGAGCAGAGCCACCCGGAGACUCUGUUCAAGAGCAUUCCCCAGUCCUUCUGGUGGGCCAUCAUCACCAUGACCACAGUGGGCUAUGGUGACAUCUACCCCAAGACCACACUGGGCAAGCUGAACGCGGCCAUCAGUUUCUUGUGUGGGGUCAUUGCCAUCGCCUUGCCCAUUCACCCCAUCAUCAACAACUUUGUCAGAUACUACAACAAGCAGCGCGUCCUGGAGACGGCCGCCAAGCACGAGCUGGAGCUGAUGGAGCUCAACUCCAGCAGCAGCGAAGGCAAACCCUGCGGCUCGCGCAGCGACCUGGACACCCUGCCCCCAGAGCCUGCUGCCAGGGAGGGGCCCAGCUGGGGCAGCCGGCUGAAGCUCUCGCACAGUGAUACCUUCAUCCCCCUGCUGACAGAGAAGCAUCACAGGACCCGACUCCAGAGUUGCAAGUGA